AUGGCUACCCAAGCUUGUAGUACUUGUGCACUUCCGGAAGGUCUUCGCUACUAUCUCCUUCGCGGAAGCGUAAUGGUCCCGCUGGUACCGGUAGACCAGCUGCCAUACCAGCUCCAAGGAAUCACACGUCAGUUGACCCAUCGCCAGAUCUCAGACGGAGCUUGGAAGCUUUGCUCAGAGACGGACGAGACCCCCUCGGCUCUCCUCAUUCAGGCUUCUACAGCCAGCUUCUCAUCUCCCUCGAUUACGACCACCAAGUCACGGUACCUAGCACCAGAUCAUCACGUUCGUGCCGAGCCGCAGACGAUGCCCGCAAGCAACACUCGCUCUCCUCUACUGUCACAACAUCUUCCAGCGAGAGCAAACUCGCCCGAGCCACCUCGUCCAACACCUAUCGCUACUAGUGAACGCCCGUCGUCGCUCACCGACACCUUCGCCUCCAUCUACCAGAAAGAUGCGCAGCGCCUCGGAUACCGCGUCCCCCACCCAUCUGGCAUCGAGCCCGACCCUUCAAAGAAAGAGUAUUGCACACAUUGGAUGAAGACAGGGGAAUGUGACUGGACGGCCAUCGGGUGCAAGUUCAAGCACGAGAUGCCUGGCAUCAAGAAACUCCGUGAACUAGGUUUUGUCAGAGGCAUACCGAAGUGGUGGAAGGAGAAGUCUGCUAUCGUUGCUAGGCCGCCUACUUGGAUGCAACGAAGGCUAGCGGCGAACGAAGACGCGGAUCAGGAUGGUGCGAUACCGGAAGCAAGAGUCUUUCCCGACAUUUCGACAUUUCGAUCGAGGAAGACUGAAGAGCUUGAUCUAUUUGGCGACGACUUGCAGCAGCCGCGUGGUAUCUUCAAGAGCAGCUCGUCUCCUAAGCAGAGUGCAGUGGGACGAUUGACGCCCCGGCCAGCGCCAGUCCAGGAAACCAUUCGACGUGCUAGCCAAGUAUCGGAUCUGCUCAUCAAUCUUGACGAUACCCCUGCUCCUCCACCCAGCCUCCAGUCGUCUCACACUUCAGUAGCCAGUGCAGGAUCUAGUGAGAUGCAGGUACCCUCCGGUCGCACUUCUACCUCAUCAGCACCGUCCCCUAGCAUCGAGUGUAAGACCUUGUCAACUAUCAUCAGCGAGACUUCAAAGACUGUUGCCACCAAGAAGACAGCAGACGAAGAGUCCCCCAUCCGGCGCCCUUCUCAGCUCUCAUGGGCCUCUGAUACCGAAGACGACAUUCCCACCCCCACCAAGCCCGCAACCAAAGCCCCUCGGCCAGCCCAGCAGCGAGGCAAACCCGCUCCUCAAGGCAAUCACAGAAGCCCCACUACGACAUCCGCGGCCCUCACCAAGCAUCCCGGUCUUGCGGCUUCAAAGCAC